AUGGCUGCAUUUGAACCGUGGCUCGAGCACAUGUCGACUCCUCUCACGCAGCACGGCGAUCCCUUGGAAUCGCAACAUCAAUCCACCCCAUCCCGUAGCGAUGGUUCCACGAUUUUCUCGGGCGCGCCGCCCCCGACCUACGCUUCCUUCUCCCCCGCGACGUUGAGCGCGACCACCCCGAGCGCCACCUCGGCCGCGAAGAGGAGAAGUACCAUCCUCGUACACCAGAAGUCGCCACUCCUCCUUGCUACACCACCACAGAUUACUCGCGCGCUCGCAUACAGCCAUCCGUUUCUGUUGCCGCUCAACAGGCUAGUCGGGCUGAUAACAUGGACCACGAACGAUCCGUGGGAGAGCUUCCUGCUGCUGGCGGGCUUCUGGGCGGCCGUGCUCUACGGGGAUUUCGUGGUGCGCGUGGCGGGCCCGUUGGUCCUGGUGUUUGUUCUGAUCGGCGGCAUGUAUGGUCGGCGCUUCAGCCCGUUGAGCAGCAGCGGAUGGAGCGAGCCGGGACUUGGCACAGCGGACGGUGCGGCAGUUGUCGCUGAGGCAAAAGGCGCCAAGGGAUCUCGUGGGAGCAAGAACCUGUCGGUGGACGGACUGCCUGAGAAGAACGGCAAGGCGGCCAACGGUAGUGCGGGAGCAGGGGGGGCGAGCGGGCAUGCGAGAAACAAGGGAUCGAUAUCGGAGGUUACCAACACUCGCCAUCAGAAGACGCUGGAUGAGAUUGUCGAGACGCUGCGCGAGUUUACGGCGAGGUGUAACAUUCUGUUGGAACCGCUGCUCGAGUUGACCGACUUCCUCAGCACCCAACGCACACCGACGUCGGCAACCACCCGGCCGGCACUUACUACUCUUUUCGUCCGCAUUCUACUCUGCAUUCCGGCGUGGAUCCUCCUUACUCUCCCACCCCUCCGAAUUAUCACAACGCGACGUGUCAUCCUGAUUUUGGGCACUAUUCUCCUAACCUGGCACGCCCGUGUCAUCCGCGUAACGCGUGUCAUCCUCUGGCGAAGCGCCACCCUCCGACGAGUCUUGAGCCUUGUCACCGGCCUUCCCUUUGAAGGUACUACUGAGGCCGCUUCCGCUACCACUGCAGCAACCAAGUCGGCGACGAGCAGCGCCGCCAUGUCAAACGCGAAAACGCCCUCCACCCCGGGCGGCGCCAAGUCGCCAAGAGAGUCGGAGCUAACGAAGGCGCUGCGCCGUGCCCGCGGCGGCCGCGGCACAGGCGUGCGUUUUACCUUCAUUAUUUACGAGAACCAGCGGCGCUGGGUGGGCAUAGGGUGGACCACUAGCUUAUUUGGGUACGAGCGGCCCGCAUGGACGGACGAGCAUAACAAUGCCGUGCCGCCGCGCGCCGAGUUUGAGUUACCCGAGGUGGAGGACGGGAGUAACAUGCGCUGGCAGUGGGCCGAGGGAUCCCGGUGGAGGGUGGACGGGGUACAGGACGAAGCGGUAACGCCGAUCGAUGAUAAAACGGAUGGCUGGGAUUAUGACGGACCGGGUGGGAGGAUGGGAUGGGUGUAUUACGACAACAAGUGGCAGAACGGUCGGCGCGGCCAAGACGGCUGGGGCCGUUGGACCAGGCGAAGGAAAUGGUACCGCGAUGCCGAACUCGUUGAAGCGGACGACAUCGACCAAGUCCGCCAACUCCCCAACGGCGCCGCCACCCCCUCCAAACCGACAACCCCCGCGUCCGCAGUCCCACGCCCACCACCAACGGGCCUCAACCCAACCCCCGCCGUCCCCACCGUCGACCUAACCCCCAGCUCGCCUUCCCUAUCCCUCUCCCCACCCUCCUCCACCCACACCCACAACUACACCCACAGCAACCACCACCGCCAAACCGCCGCCGACGAGCGCGACGAAGACCACGACGCGGCCUCGGUGAUCUCCACCUCCAGCCGCUCCGCCCGCUUCACCCUGCGCCGUCGCGUCACCGACUCGUCGCACCGCAGCUCGCGGAGCCGGCGCGCCAGUGUUGCGGCGAGUAGUGAGGACGAUGCGGCUGCGCUGGCGACCCAGACGCGGAUUGCGGUGCAGGAGGCGGGGGCGGAGGCUGGGAGCUGGGGGGUGGGUGAUGAGGUUAGGAUGGGGUUGGAGUGA